AUGCCUUCCCACGAGCCUGAGAAGGGCGACAAAGUCUCCUGGCAAUGGGGCGGUGGCGCGCCCGGCGGCGAAGUGGCGGAGAAGAAGAAGGAAGGCGAGAUCGCCAUCAAGUCGCACCGCGGCAACACCAUCAAGAAGAACGCGAGCCCCGAUAACCCGGCCGUGCAUGUGAAGCGCAGUGGGAACGACGUGGUGAAGAGGGCGAAUGAGCUCAAUGUCGAGAAGAAGGCUGCUGGUGGUGGUGGCGGCGGGAACAAGAGUUCAGGUGGGGGAAAGAGGAAGAAGAACGAGGCUGAGGAUAAGGAUGAGGUGGCGGAGAAUGGUGGGUUGGAGGUCAAUGAUGAGGGGAAGGAGGUGAAGCCUGGUGGGAAGGCGGAGAGUGGAAAGAGCGCGGCGGCGAACAAGAAGCAGAAGUCGGAUGCUGCUGGUAAGCAGGACGCGAAAGAUGACAAGGAGGUCAAUGGGGAUGCGAAGAAGGCUGCGCCCAAGAAGAGUGGAGGCAGUGGUGAGGGCGCGAAGAAGGGUAAGCAGGACAAGGAGACGAAGCCGGCCAAGGCUAGAGAGGAAGGCGGUGUCAGUGCGAGGACGAGAAGUCGCGCGAAGUAA